AUGACUAUUAAACAAACUCAGAACCCGACCGUCCAGGCGACUUUGGUGAAAGGAGACUCGCCUGGCGCUUUGUCUAACGCGUACGAUGUGCUCAGUCGAUACUAUCUAUUCGCAGACAGUAAUCAAAAGGCUUGGUGGGAGAAGACCGGCUGUCUGCUGGACAAGAUUUUGGCCUCGGCGGGAUACAGCCUUGCCCGUCGACUUGAGGCUCUUACCUUUUUCAGUCAAGUCUUGAUUCCAUCACUGGGCGCCUAUCCAAAUGAGUUUCGGAGCGCAAUCACUCGCAGUGGCCUGCCCCUAGAGUUUAGUGUCAACUACCAACAGAAGGGUGGGGUGGAUCCGGUAGUCCGAAUUGGAUAUGAGCCUGUCGGUGCAGAGUUUGGAACGAAAAAAGAUCCCUAUAAUCAAACCGCAAUCACCGAUCUCUUGAAUACACUCGACAAGCAGAACAUACCUGAAUAUGAUGGAUGGCUGUUUCGAUACUUUUUGGAAGCGCAUACUUUGAACGCCGCCGACAAGGAGCUCUUGAAAAAGAAGAAGAUUGAGGGAAGCGAACUCACUUCUCAGGCUGCGUUUGGAUUCGACCUGAAAGAGAAUGCAGUGUCUGUCAAGGGCUAUACAUUCCCUGCUAUGAAAUGCACCAUCAAUGGAAAAGGAUUCGGCGAUGUGAUUGCUGAGUCUAUCAAGCCCCUGACAGCAAAGAUGGGACCGAUUCCCUCGUUUGAUAUGGUGAACUCUUACUUGGAAGAGACAAACGGGUACAGUCAGUUUGCGUUCUGGUCCUUUGACUGUGCAGAAUCUGGCUCGUCUCGACUCAAGCUUUACAGCUCCCAUAACAGUGUUGUGUGGUCUAAGGUAGAGGAGAUAUGGACGCUCGGUGGCCGGGCCAAAUCCCCUGUCGUUCAAGAGGGUCUCAAAUAUCUGAAAGAAUUGUGGCAGUUGACAAAGCUGUCAGAGGGGCAGCGAGACUUCAGCGGUGGCUUUGACGACGGCCAAGACUCUACUGCUAGCCCGAUGGUGUGGAACUACGAGAUGAAGAAGGGCGAGGAAACUCCGCUCACAAAAUUCUACUUUCCUAUUCACGGAGAGAGCGACAAGAAUGUCAUCACUGGCCUGGCAGAGUUCUUAUGUCGAAUUGGACUUUCUAAGUUUGGUGGAAACUAUGAGGCAACAGUGCAACACUACUUGUAA